CCAGACAACAAGGUGAACACUAGCAGGAACGACUUCGCUGCUUGAGUGUUGCUUGUUCACGAAAUGGACUGCUCAAAUCUAACCAAUGUACGCACAGAGUCCAAGGAUUACCAGAACAGCCACAAAGACACAGACCAGCAGCACUGCACAGAGGAUGAGCCCUUGCUUAGAGACAACCCCAGGCGUUUUGUCAUCUUCCCAAUCCAGUACCCUGACAUCUGGAGGAUGUACAAACAGGCCCAGGCCUCCUUCUGGACAGUGGAAGAGGUGGAUCUAUCUAAGGACCUGGCACACUGGGACAACUUGAAGCCUGAUGAGAAACACUUCAUCUCUCACAUCUUAGCUUUCUUCGCUGCCAGCGACGGCAUCGUCAAUGAGAACCUUGUCCAGAGGUUUAGUCAGGAGGUACAGCUUCCAGAGGCCCGAUCCUUCUAUGGGUUCCAGAUCCUCAUAGAGAACAUCCAUUCUGAGAUGUACGGCAUGCUCAUCAACACUUACAUCAGGGACUCUGAGGAGAGGGAGCAUUUGUUCAAUGCCAUUCAGACUAUGCCGUGUGUGAGAAGGAAAGCAGACUGGGCGAUCCAGUGGAUCUCUGACACCAAAUCCACUUUCGGGGAACGGAUUGUAGCGUUCGCUGCAGUGGAGGGCAUCUUCUUCUCAGGGUCGUUUGCUGCUAUUUAUUGGUUGAAGAAGAGAGGCCUGAUGCCUGGGCUCACCUACUCCAACGAGCUCAUCAGCAGAGACGAGGGCCUGCACUGUAACUUUGCCUGUCUGUUGUACAGCUACAUAGUGAAGAAACCGUCAGAGGACAGGGUGAAGGACAUUAUCACCAAAGCUGUCAGCAUUGAGCAGGAGUUUCUGACAGAGGCCUUACCUGUGGAUCUGAUUGGGAUUAAUGGUGUGCUGAUGAAGCAGUACAUUGAGUUUGUGGCAGACCGUUUACUCCAAGACCUGGGAUUGGCCAAGGUGUAUCUGACAGAAAACCCCUUUGACUUCAUGGAGUCCAUCUCACUGGAAGGGAAAACAAACUUCUUUGAGAAACGUGUGGCUGAGUACCAGAGGUACGGAGUGAUGUCAAACACCAUGAACUGUGACUUCACCCUUGAUGCAGACUUCUAGUUAAAACACAUGGUUCCACGGGCAGAAAAAGAGGAGGCUUCAGGAGUUCCAUAAUAAGAUGCGACUGGAGGGGAAUUCUGAUUGGAAGAAUUAUAACCACAUUGGUGCUGAGUGGCAUAACAUCAAUCCCAGUUCAGGCACUCGUGUGGGUUUGAAAAUGGAAACAGGCCUCACAUUAUUACACUUGACCUGUAUGUUGAAUUUACAUUUGUUGUAUUUUAUCUUGAUUUAACAAGGUCCUCACACUGACAAUGGCAGCAAUACUAGUGAACCAAUGCAAUGGUUUUAAUAAGUGUAACCGAUGUGAAAUGGCUAGCUAGUUAGCGGUGGUGUGCGCUAAUAGCAUUUCAAUCGGUGACAUCACUCGCUCUGAGACCUUGAAGUAGUUGUUCCCUUUGCUCUGCAAAGCGUCGUGGCUUUUGUGGAGCGAUGGGUAACGAUGCUUCGAGGGUGGCUGUUGAUGUGUGCAGAGGGUCCCUGGUUCGAGCCCAGGUAGGGGCGAGGAGAGGGACAGAAGCUAAACUGUUACAUAAGGAGUUAUUGAUCAAUGCCUUUUGUUUGUUUUAUAAAAUGAAUGCUGCUCAUAGUCUCUCUCUCUGAAAAUCAUUUGUUCUUGGUGCAUAGCUAGAACUAUUAGGAAGAAUGUGUGUGAGAGUGUGUGUUUGCACGUGGUGGAACACCACAAUAUUUAACUUUGUAUCCCACCUGCUUCUACAUAUUUCUAGCUCCAUCACUUAUCAAUGCUUUCUUUUUGUGGACAGCCACUGUCAAAUUAAGUCCCUCCCCCUGGCGCUAGCUAGUUGGUAGUGCUGGCAGUGGCUAUGCUACAUGCUAGCUGACGUUUUGAAAAGAUGGCAACGGACUGGCAAGCUUUAACUGAUUUAAGCCAAGUUAAUAUCCAGUUUUCUCAGAGAGCUGUUAUCCUCUGGGCCGGGAUGUGUCUGAUCGUAGUUGGGGUGGAAUUGGGUCUUGACGCCUGAGCGUUACCCGUCGGCGGCGGACUCUUCGGUGGGAAAAAGCAAGGAGCUCCGGUUACUCGACAGCGGCAAUGCCCUCCAGGAUCAAGUGAAUACAGUUGUGAAGCACGAGGAACAAAAGAAGACAACAAAAUCUAUCAGGAAAAGGUACACACAUUUAGCUAUCUGUAAAUAGGAAUUGUCGCAGCAUUGGCAACACAUUUUUUUUCCUGUGUAGCUUUGUGUUGUUGGCUGGAUAGCGUGCUAACUUGCUAAUAUUAGCUGCUAGCUAGCUUAGUUUGCUAUUGUUAAGUACUGGCUUUGUUUGAUAGCUUAGUUUCCAGCUAGUUAGCUAGCCAUUUUCAUUAGCAUGAAUGUUUUCAUUCGUGUUUUC